GCUGGGGAAGCCUGAAUCGGUGGAAAUCCUGAUCAGUGUUGCUGGAGUCCCUGCUCAGCUGAGAGAGGUGAGCCUAACAGGUCGGUGCUUUGCUAAAGCCAGCUCAUAUUGAAGAUCUCUACAUUAUCCUGAGAGAGUGAAGCCCUGUUUCCCAGAGGAACACUGGAAGAGGAUUUCCUACAGCCUGUGGACAUUUGCCAGGGGAUACUCCCACUUUAUGAACAGGGCUAUGAAGGCAGUGACAGCUGUUUGUUGGUGAGCUUGAGGAAGCUUCAAACUCCAGUCAUGCAUUUUUAAGUAAGUGAUUGUAGGUAGAAGAAGCUUUGUGGUAUUUUUUUCUUUACAUCCUGGCAGAAGGAAACCUAGCGGAGCUAAAAGCUUGCUGCAAACUGCCUUUGAUACUAACAUUUAUAUAAGUCAGUUUUUUUUUAUUUUUUACUGAAAAAGGAAAGUCAAACAAAAUGUGCUUGAUGCAUCCAAAAACUCUAUCUUUCUUCAGCUGGAGAUCAGCAUACUAAUUGAUUAUUUUACCAAGACUGAGAGACAAUUUCAGACCAAACUACCCAGCCAUGGAGCUACGAGGGAUCCGCGGGACAGUGGGUGGCCCCGACCUGAAGGGUCAGGGGUUAGGAUUUGGCUUCCAAGCCACUGGGAUUCCAGCCAGUUCUGUAAUAACGGCCGUGCAGCAGCAGGACUACUCUGCCAGCGUCUGGCUUCGCAGGAGGGAUAAACUGGAACAUUCUCAGCAGAAGUGCAUCGUGAUCUUUGCCUUGGUGUGCUGCUUCGCUGUGCUGGUGGCGCUCAUCUUCUCCGCCGUGGACAUCUGGGGCGAAGAUGAGGACGGAAUCACGGAGGACAACUGUAGCAGGAACUGCAGAGUAGUGCUGGUAGAGAACAUCCCAGAGGACGUCUCCUUCUUGGACAACGCCACCUCCCACCUCCCCCUGUCAGCAGGACUCUACAGUUUACUGGACAAGGCCAUCCGAGCAGUGGAGAUAGUUUCCCCGCUGUGGCUCCUCAACUCCUCAGAUUAUGAGUCCAGCUUCCAGCCUGCUGCCAGACAGGGCAGAGCUCUGCUGUCCAGGCUGCAGGGGCUGAAAGCCAAGGGAGUCCAGCUGAAGAUCUCCAGCGGGAUGAUUGACUCGACUGAGCUCAAGAUACUCGCCAAACACUAUGCUGAGGUCCACUAUGUGAACAUGACAGCGCUGACCAAAGGCAACCUCCACUCGUCCUUCUGGGUGGUCGACAGGAAACAUUUCUACUUCGGCAGUGCCAGCAUGGACUGGAGAUCUCUAGCCACAAGGAAGGAGCUGGGGGUGGUGGUGUACGACUGCAGCUGUCUGGCUCUGGACCUCCACAGAGUGUUCAGCCUCUACUGGGGGCUCCAGUAUAAAGACUUCAUCCCGUCCUUCUGGUCCAAGCGCCUGUUUGCCCUCUACAACAGGGACGAACCGCUCGAGCUCACGUUCAACAGCACCAAAGCUCAGGCCUACAUCUCUAGUUCGCCAGAUGUUUUCAUCCCUAAAGAUCGCAGCACCGAUCUGGAAGCCAUUUCCAGGGUCAUCCAGGAUGCUCGACAUUUCAUAUACAUCUCCAUCACUGACUACCUGCCGCUCCUCGGCAGCAGGACUCACAGGUACUGGUCUCGUAUCGACGAUCUCAUAAGAGAGGCUCUGAUCCUGAGGAAGGUGCGGGUCCGUCUGCUGAUAAGUUUCUGGGAAAAGACCCAUCCACUUACUUUCAACUUCAUCUGGUCCCUGAGGAGUCUGUGCAUGGAGCAGGCCAACUGCUCACUGGAGGCUAAGUUCUUCAACCCCAGAAUGCAGAGGGACGGCAGCCUCCAGGGAAUAAACCACAACAGGUUUAUGGUUACAGACAGAGCCAUUUAUUUAGGUAACCUUGACUGGGUGGGGAACGAGUUUACCUUUAAUGCCGGAGCCGGCCUUGUGAUCAGUCAGCCAGAAGGCGUCGAGGAGAGGAACUCCACAGUGGUGGAGCAGCUACAGGCUGCAUUUGAGCGGGACUGGUUUUCACGUCACACCUGCUCCCUGCAGGCUAAUAAUAUCCCUGUUUGCAACAAGCACCAGAUGAACAGACGGGUGCCACUCAAAGCCAGCCACCUAGACAGUGGACCAGUGCCUAUCAGAAAAGGGCCGCAUGAUAACAGACCUGCACCGAUGAGGAACCGUCACAAAGUCGAUGGACAGCCAUCAGACAAAACAAGGCACCACGAUGACAGACUAAGUAAAGUUAGUCACCAAGACCUGGCCAAUGGACUUGUGCCAGUUGUGGACAGUUACCAAGAGAGGGGUCAAGUCAAAAUGAGCCACUUUGAUGACGGACAGGUACAAAUCAAAGGUAGCAACCACGACAAUCCAACGGAUCUACCCAGUCAGUCAGCUGAGAGCAGCGGCUUCAGAGAGAUCUCCAACGGAUCUCUGUGACUGCAAAGCAUUGUGGGUUUGUUUUCACCAAACAGUGUCUAGAGAACUGCUGGUCUCCAAGGGCAAUGGACUUCUUUCAAUGGAUCUUUGUAGCAUUUUAUUAUUGUCAUUUUGUAGAAAACUAAAACUUUGAGGAUUAAAGUGUCAGCAGGUUUGCAGGACUUGAUCAAGGACACAAAAGAACUUAGGGAGGAGAGUAAAGGCUCCUUUGCAGUCAGGCACUCCUGGCGAUUCAUGAAGAACUACUCAUUUAUAUGCGAAUAUUACCUUGCAACUUAUUUAAUCUUUUUUCUUUCCUUGUUGCGGUCUCUCAAGGAAAAGGGAACACAUGAAACUAUAUUCAUUGCCUGAGCGUUAAAUGUCACUUAAGCUAUUCGUGGCAGUCAUUUAUCACCCUUUAAAAGGGGGAAUAUCACCCGCAUGCCUGUGAAGAGGCGAUGCAGCAUGUGUAGCUACAAUUGCUACAACAAACAUUAAACAUACUCUCCAAAUAGUGGGAGAUUUACCACACAGCUUUAGUGGUGAUCUUUUAUUGCCUCUCGGUAGUUAAAGCUUUGGCCUCAUGUAAAUAGUAAUGUGCAUCUCUGGCUGUCUUCAGACCGAGCUACAACACAUUAAAUACUACAAACAUACUAACUACAGCAAGUGGCUUCAGAUCUCUAAACCAACCAGAAAGCACAUUUUCGAUAAAUCUGGUUAAAUGACAUGAAUAGAAGCGGACAACCUCAUCUGACCUGUCAGUUGAUAAACCCUAGAAGGAACCUGGUUUUACUACUCUUGUAUUGGAAACAACCCCAUGUAAAGUUUAAGAUCUGGGGCUCUAAGGCAUUGAUCAAAUUGUGUCCACCAUGUUUUACCGUCAUCAUCCUAAGUACAGGAAACAGCUGCAAAAUCCACGCUGCAUCACUCAUGGUGCAUAUCAAAAGGAGUCUCUUUACGGAGCCUGUGAUUGAAUUAGAUGACAUCUGUUGUGCUGCGGCCGUGCAUUCCCCAUCAGUCCCUGCUAUUGAAAACACUACAGCCUUCACUUGUUUAAAUCAAAGAAAGGUGUGGUGUUUUUUUCCCCAAGAGGAAGAGAUCUGAAAGGACCCUUACAGAUAAUCAUUGCUGCUUUCACACACAAAUCUUGGAAAAGAGCAGGAACCGAAUGGAUAUCGAUAAUAUCCUUCCAAAUGCGAUGCUGUGACUUAUCGAACAAACACUGAAGGAGCAGUUAGAAGAAAGGGCCAGAGGGUCUCGGUUGUCAGCCAAAUCAAUACGAUGAAUUUUUAACAGAGCUCGACAAUUGCAGGUGCUGCAGUUUAACCUCAAGGACGUUUUGGCCUGUAAUGUCAUGCUUGUGACUGAUUAUACGGUAUAUUCCCUUUACCAUGCAGAGGCCAAGCUAAAAACAUACGAUUGUCAGACGUAUAGACAGAAUAAUUAAUCUACACUGGGCUCAAAGAUUGUAGCAACUUUCACUCGCUUUUGAAUGAUCGCAUGUCAGUUUACACACUUUUUGCUACAACUUUUAACGACGAUGCUUCUGGGGUGUAUAAUAAUGUAGAAGCAUUUCAUAACUUCCAAAGCCAAUAUUUGGAGCAAACAUGAGAGCUUUACCAGAGAGAGCUACAUAGUGAGGUUUUUAUCCACAUUAUACAGGCUGUUAUGAUCAGUACCUUAAUGUGAAAGCAG